GUUUUUGCUGCUUAAAAACCACCCCCCACUUGCAGUUUCUAGAAAUAAAGGGAAAAUGCUGCAUGAGAUUAAAAGCCUUGUCAUUGAUGAACCAAAGUAUUGGCUGGAUGUUCUCUCUAUUUGGAAAAACAUUCAUGGGUGCGAGGGGGGAAAAAAAAUUAUAUGUCUCAAGAGAAGAUCACAAGAAGAGACAAAAACUGCCACUAAGCAGAAAACGGAACAGACUAUGUCUGAAGAAUGUCAGGCGGAAGCUGCGGAGAGGUAUGUGUUGCCAGAGAGAAAGAUUGAUCAAGACUGCUGGGCUGAAAGUAAGACUUCCUUAGAAGACCCUUCUAAAAGCAGUGGAGAGAAGCCUGUUGUGAAUGAGAAGCUUAGUUUCAGAGUUUCUUGUCGUUGUAGUGGAGCAGUUGCCAAAAUACUUCAUUCACAGGAGAUGGGAAGAGCCGUUGGCAUAGCGCUCAUGAAGCAGUUUGGGUGGCAGGCUGAUCUGUGGGACCCCAGUCUAGAGGUAGUGGUGCAUCUUAAUGACAUUUACUCAGUGGUAGGGAUUGGGUCUUUUCAGUGUUUUGGUUUUUUUCCUGUUUGCAGACUUCCAUUAGCAAACAGAGAGUAUAUCAGAACAGCAGGACUGCGGUCAACAAUUUCAUGGGCCAUGGCAUCUCUGACUGAAAUCAGUGCAGGUGCCUUUGUGCUGGAUCCCAUGUGUGGGCUAGGAAUGAUACUGCUGGAAGCUGCCAAAGAGUGGCCUGAAGCCUGUUACUGGGGUGCUGAUAUAAGCAAUUCACAGUUAGAGGGUGCAGGUGUGGAUAUUAGGACUGCAGGCUUAAUGGAUAAGAUUGAGUUACUGAAAGCUUCUGUGCAAGGUAUGUCUGUAGGCUUUCCAAGAGAGACAUGUGAUUUUUUUUGUGGCUCUGGGGCUGUACAGGUAAUGUAGGUUCUUCUGGGGGGAUGUGUAGUUGAGCUGACUGUCAACAAAUAGCCCAGUCAUGACUCUGUAGUCCUAGCAAAUGGGUAAUUAUUUGUUCUCCCCUCCCUGCCCCCUGCCUCGGAGAACUUUGGCAAUAGUAAACUCAGCAGAAGACAAUGAAAAUCAUUGUCAGACAUGGGCAGUAGUUGUCUGUCCUAACGGAAAAUUUAUGAAUACCACAAAGACUGCAUACUAUGUCAGAGUUCUUUGUGUUUUACAGGAACACAGCAAGGACAAAUCCAAAUAAAAUGUGGAUUGUGACUUAAAUGUAUCAGAUGAGUAAUACUGGGGACUCAAUAAGCUCAGCUGAAUUGUUGACGUUUUGCCGUAGGAGUCCUUUAAAUGACAAUGCCUUUCUCCUGGAAGAGGUUAUCUGUUUGCUCUCAGUUCAUGAGCUAGUCUGUGG